AUGGUCAGCGCCGGCUCCCACCGGGAGGAUGCGGAGACCGCGCGGGCGUGUCGAGUGGGACGCCAGUGGGGUCAGCGCGCCGCCUGGUGGUCACUUGGGGCGCCGCCUGGGGGCGCUUUGCCCUGCCAGGAAGAUGACGCCGCACCCGCCCACUGCAGGGCGCUGCGGCAUCGCCGUACCCUGAGCGGUUUGCUGAAGCUGAGGUUUUGGGUGUGCCCCGCGGAUCACAGCCUCCCUAUCAACCAGAUCUUCCUCUCUACAGCCCUGGUCACACUAGUGUCCACAGAACUCGAGUAUCUGGUUCUCUGA